CCGGCUACAGGCUCUCAGGUUCUUGGUCCUCGAGUGUAGGAGCAGGGGCGACCUCUGGUUCGGUGGGCAGAAGCGGCCGCAGAAUGAGUGAGAGGGACUUUCGGAGCUGGAGCACAGGAUUCUGUCUUUUGGUGCUCUGCUUGGCCCCACUGUGGGCACGGCUGGCAUUUGCUUCAUCACAUCCUCGGACUCACACAGUACAUGUGGAACCUGGCACCUGUGAAGUGAUUGCUGCCCAUCGAUGCUGCAACCGGAACCGAAUUGAGGAGCGAUCCCAGACAGUCAAAUGUUCCUGCUUCCCAGGCCAGGUGGCAGGGACCACUAGGGCAAAACCCUCCUGUGUGGACGCCUCCAUUGUCCUGCAGAAGUGGUGGUGUCAGAUGCAGCCCUGCCUGCCUGAGGAGGAGUGUAAGGUGCUCCCAGACCUGUCUGGAUGGAGCUGUAGCAACGGGAACAAAGUCAAAACCACCAAGGUCACACGAUAGCCCUUGAGGAUACAUUCUGGCCUGGAGAGGAGCAAUGGAACCAUGAGCCAAAGAAGGCUUGAGAGGAACCAGGGUCCUAGAAGACAGAAAUCAUUGGAAGCUCCUGGGUGGACCUGCCUCAUCAGAAUUGCAAAGCAAUGGAAACACCGUCCUCUGCUGGACCUGAACGUCAUUGCAAUGUUCUCUUUCCCAGGGGCAUUUCCAUUAAGCAAGUGGCAAGUGUUUCCUGAAUAUCCUCUGUGGAGAGCUCUGUGCUAAGUGAAAACAUAUAUGACAUAAUUCCUGUCCUGAGGGAGCAUACAGUCUAGCUGAGGAGACCAGACACACACAGGAAACUGUCAGAGAUAAGUGAGUGCUAGAACUAUUUAUCAUUUUUGAAGCUAUUAGGGGAUAGUGGAGGUCAGGAAAUUAGAUUCUCUGUCUUUCAGGCCUCCCCCUCUCCCUGGGCUCAUGAUAGCAAGCUAGGGGAAUCACAUCCAUUGUUCCCAAUUGAGUCAAAUGUCUUCAUGAAGCUGCUGAUAUUCUGAAGGAAACAUUCCUCACUGAUCACACGUUGGCAAUGGCAUCAUCCCUUUCGGAUGAAUGACAGGCACGUGGGAGGACACGAGACAACAACAUCCCAGUGGAGUUUAUGCAGUGGGUCAGCCUGUUGAGCAGGUGUUUCCGUAGAAUUUUGGAGUGGGAUCUUAUAAGAGCCUCCUUAAAAGAGGAAAGGGUCCUUAAAAGAACUUCUCUGAGUAGAGCGAAUAAAGUAGCAGAGCGUGUGUAGGAAGAACACUGGGCUUAGAGUCAAGACCUGGAUUGAGUCUUGGCUCUACCAUUUACUGGCUGUGUGGCCUUGGGCAAGUCUCUUAACCUCUAUGACCCAAAGUUUCCUCAUCUG